CGGAAUGCAUGGUACGCCUACCUUCCGAAUCUAUGUCGACGACUGACAUCUACUUUUUAUCAUUCGUCCGAGAUCCAGUUGUCAUCGACCGUACCUAAUUGCAACCUACGCUGGGCUUCUCUUCGAAAUCUGGCUACCGCUGUCUCAAUCCUUCUCAACAAGUCUGUAUCUCGCCUUUGA